GUUUCCCCGGUGGCAGUGUGAAAUUACUGUGAAGUGCUCAGGAUGAUGCUCUUCGUGGCGCUAGGAUUAUGCGCCCUCGCACACGCCGCGUACGGCCAGGGCUCUGGAUGCCCGGAACAACACGGUGUGCAGACUUACCCUCACCCGGAAGCAUGUGACCACUAUUACCUAUGCGUUAACGGCACUCUGUCCCUUGAACAAUGUGGCAACGGUCUCCUUUAUGACGGAAAGGGCGCCGUCCAUGAACACUGCAACUACCACUGGGCGGUCGACUGCGGACACAGGAAAGCUGACUUGGUCCCAGUCAGCUCUGACGGAUGCGAGUUUCAGUUCGGAAUUUACCCAGCCAGCUCAUCUUGCAGCACAAAUUAUGUGAAAUGCGCUCACGGAGUCCCUCAUUUGGAACCUUGCGACGUUGGAUUAGCCUAUGACGAGAGGAUCCACGGGUGUAAUUGGCCAGACCAACUACUGGAGAAGUGCAAUCCUGAAGGAGUGAUCGGCUUCAAGUGCCCGACCGAAGUGGACCCUCACUCAACCCAGGCCAAAUUCUGGCCUUACCCAAGAUUCCCCGUGCCCGGCGCUCCUGACCGCCUUAUCACCUGCGUUGACGGACACCCAAGGAUCAACACAUGCGGAGAUGGAAAACUUUUUGACGAAAGCUCCUUGACCUGCUUAGAUGACGAAGAGUUGCACGAAUCGAAAUACAACAACUUGCAGUGAAAAAAAACACAGCCUACUCCCUCGUUACAGAAGAAGUAGCUAUGAAUAAUACGAACUUAAAAUCCACAAAGUAUUCUUUUUCAAAGCACAGAGAUAUGUUUACAGCGACCGACGGGGAGCACUUACAGGAUCAUCAUCCAUGGUAUACCUUUGGAAAGCCUUUUUGGGGGUAUCAUUGCGUAAUUGUUUGUAAAAACGAGUGUAUAGUUUCUAGAAUAGUUAAAUUUUUGUGCCUUUAAAUAUUCCAUCAUAGACUGUACAAUGUAUUUCAAAUCAAAAUAAUUCCAAUGGAAAAAGUCUGGAUACAUUAUUAAAAAGUUCAACCUUACAGUAUCAAUUUGUGGAUAUCUGAGAUACUUUUGUUUUAGAAAGUAUUGAAGUCUUCACAUGACGUGUUCAAGUAAUUAAGGUUCUUUACAAGACAGCAAAAUUUCAAAUUGUUUAAUCUUAACAACUGUUUUCAAAUCAUUCAAAAUUCACAAAAACGCUCAAAUUAAUGUCGAAAAUAAAUACAUUGUUUUUCGUA